CGAAGGUGCGUUUUCUUCCCUUUCUGGCAUCUUUCCCUCUUUUCGAUUUUUUCUUCCUCUUUUCUUGUGCGUGGUUUGUCCUUUUCCAUCUCUCCCUUACUGCCACUGAUCAGCUCUCAUGGAUAAAUCUUCGUCCUGGCGUUGCUUAGUUAACUGUUCAGUUUCGAAAUGGUUCCUUCUCCUACUUUCGUGACAGAGGAGAGGACAAGGGGCGGUUUUUGGAUUCGUCUUCCCACCUAUGGGGGCGGUUACGGCGUUUCAUUGCUCAGUUUUGUCGCAUCAUAAAGAAGCAGUUAAUGGUAGUUCUCUGCUCCGCUAGUAGAGUGCGGGGUCAUUCUAGAUGAUGCCUUAUGUGAGCUGUCUAUUUUCCUUGUGCUCCGUUGGUUGCUUCAUUUUGCUGUAAGAGAUUUGGCACACACAGACACAAGGAGUUUCUUUGCCUAAUUUGUGUAACCACUCUCUCUCUUCCUGGAUUCGUGUUCUUCAUCCUAUUACUUAUUUCAGAAACUAUCUCUAGCAGCUAGAGAGAUGCUACUUAGUAUGCGUUUCAACGGCGAGCGCUUCUGACUGGGCACGGGCAGUGUAGAUGAAUUCGGCUUAUUUUUUCUGAAGUAUGGAGGAUAAAUCAUUCCCAUGGGCUUGGUCCGUAGAGCAUUGUCUGAAGGUUUACAAUGUCAAAUUGAACAAGGGUUUAAGCUCUUUCGAAGCUGAGACAAGGCGAGAAAAGUAUGGAUGGAAUGAGCUCAAGAAAGAGAAGGGAAAACCUUUGUGGUGUCUCAUCCUGCAUCAGUUUGACGAUUUGCUUGUUAGAAUCCUCCUAGUGGCAGCCUUCAUCUCCUUUAUUCUUUCGUGCAUGGAGGGAAUUGAGUCUAGCCACGCUGGGCUUGAGGUUUAUGUAGAACCAUUUGUUAUCCUUUCGAUUCUUAUUCUCAAUGCAAUUGUGGGUGUCUGGCAGGAGACUAAUGCUGAAAAGUCUCUUGAAGCCCUAAAGAACAUGCAGUGUGAAUAUGCCAAGGUUUGCAGAGAUGGACGUUACAUCCCUGAUUUGCCUGCCAGGGAACUAGUCCCAGGUGAUAUUGUUGAAUUGAGGGUUGGUGAUAAGGUCCCUGCGGAUGCGAGGGUAACAACUUUGACCACCUCAACUUUGAGGGUUGAGCAAAGCUCGUUGACUGGGGAGAGCAUGCCUGUACUCAAAGGGACCAGUCCUGUACCUCUAUCUGAUUGUGAAUUGCAAGCAAAAGAAUGCAUGCUUUUUGCAGGUACAACCAUUGUCAAUGGUAAUUGUGUUUGUAUAGUUACUAGUGUAGGAAUGGACACUGAACUAGGAAAAAUUCAGAUUCAGAUUAGUGAAGCUUCACAAGAAGAGCGUGACACCCCCUUGAGGAAAAAACUAGAUGAAUUUGGUGAAAGAUUAACUAUUGCAAUCGGACUAGUUUGCCUGUUAGUCUGGGCUACUAACUAUCGGAACUUUAUCACUUGGGAUAAUGCAAAUUCAACAUUAUGGAAUUUUCACUUUUCUUUUGAGAAAUGUACAUAUUAUUUCAAAAUAGCUGUAGCACUUGCAGUAGCAGCUAUUCCUGAAGGUCUUCCAGCAGUAAUCACUACCUGUUUGGCAUUGGGUACAAGAAAAAUGGCUCAAAAGCAUGCCAUAGUUAGGAAGCUUCCAAGUGUAGAGACCCUGGGAUGUACAACUGUUAUAUGCUCAGAUAAAACUGGAACCCUUACAACUAACCAAAUGUCUGUAAAUGAAUUUCUUACUCUUGGUGAUAUCAACUCCAUUCGAGUGUUUCACGUAAAUGGUACUACAUACAACCCUAAGGAUGGAGGUAUUGUUCGGUGGAACAAAUGGAAAAUGGAUGAGAGUUUGCAGGCCUUAGCAGAGAUUUGUGCAGUUUGCAAUGAUGCUGGAAUAUAUCGUGACAAUUAUCUUUUUCGGGCAACAGGUCUGCCUACUGAAGCAGCUCUUAAGGUGCUGGUAGAGAAGAUGGGAAUUCCAAGUGCAAAUCCAAGGAGUAGAAUCCAUGAAAUAGAAUUUGGUUCUGAUUUUUCUAUCACUUGCUCUACUCCUGUAAGAUUAGGAUGUUGUGAAUGGUGGAUAAAGAGAUCAAAAAGGCUCGCAACACUUGAGUUUGAUCGUGUAAGGAAAUCUAUGAGUGUUAUUGUCAAAGAACCAACAGGGAAUAACCGUCUUCUUGUGAAGGGUGCUUUCGAAAGUGUUUUGGAGAGGAGUUCAAGUGUGUAUCUUCCAGAUGGAUCUAUUGCUUUGUUGGAUGAGGCUUGUAGACAGAGAAUAAUGACCAAUGUCCACGAGAUGAGCUCAAAAGGGUUAAGAUGCUUAGGAUUUGCAUUUAAAGAUAACUUGGGAGAGUUCUCAGAUUAUAUUGCAGAAACUCAUCACGCUCACAAGAGGUUGCUUGAUCCUGCAAACUAUCCUGAAAUUGAGAGUAAUCUAAUUUUUGUUGGAGUUGUUGGUCUGAGGGACCCUCCUCGCGAUGAAGUUCACAAGGCCAUUCAAGAUUGCAGAUGUGCAGGUAUUAAAGUUAUGGUUAUUACUGGAGAUAACAAGUCCACAGCAGAAGCAAUCUGUCAGGAAAUUGGCUUGUUCCCUGACAAGGCAAGCCUCAAAGGCAAAAGUUUUUCUGGUAAAGAGUUUAUGGCCCUUUCGAAUAGCCAGCAAACCGAGAUCUUGUCAAAGCCUGGUGGUCUAGUUUUUUCGCGCGCUGAACCAAGACAUAAGCAAGAUAUUGUACGUCUACUAAAGGACAUGGGUGAAAUUGUUGCAAUGACUGGAGAUGGAGUCAAUGAUGCACCUGCAUUGAAGCUAGCUGACAUCGGUAUUGCUAUGGGUAUCACAGGGACCGAGGUUGCAAAAGAAGCUGCUGAUAUGGUUUUGGCAGAUGACAAUUUCAGUACUAUUGUCUCAGCAGUUGCCGAAGGCCGUGCUAUCUACAACAACAUGAAAUCUUUUAUUAGAUAUAUGAUCUCGUCGAACAUGGGAGAAGUGAUCUCCAUAUUUUUGACUGCUGCAUUUGGAAUACCUGAAUGCCUAGUACCAGUUCAGCUUCUGUGGGUCAAUCUCGUCACGGAUGGCCCCCCUGCAACAGCUCUGGGUUUCAACCCUGCCGAUGUCGAUAUAAUGGAGAAACCACCACGAAAGAGCAAUGAUGCUCUUAUCAACUCUUGGGUUCUCUUCCGUUACCUGGUAAUCGGUUCUUAUGUCGGUUUAUCAACCGUUGGCAUCUUCAUCCUGUGGUACACUCAACCAUCUGUCUUCGGCAUAGAUCUUGCAAGUGAUGGCCACACCAUUGUGUCCUUAGCCCAACUCCGCUCGUGGGGACAAUGCCACACAUGGACUGACUUCUCGCCUAAGCCAUUCUUUGCCGGCAACCGUAUGAUAUCCUUCACAGAUCCCUGCCACUAUUUCACCCAUGGAAAAGUGAAGGCAAUGACCUUAUCUCUAUCGGUUUUAGUAGCGAUCGAGAUGUUCAAUUCUCUGAAUGCUUUAUCGGAAGACAAUAGCUUGGUUCGGAUGCCGCCUUGGAGGAACCCAUGGCUCCUCCUUGCGAUGAUGGUUUCUUUCGGGCUGCAUUUUGUCAUCCUCUAUGUUCCGUUUCUGGCUAGCAUCUUCGGAAUAGUGUCAUUGAGCUUGAAGGAGUGGCUUUUAGUUAUUCUGUUUUCUACUCCUGUGGUGCUCAUCGAUGAGAUCCUCAAGUAUAUCGGCAGGAGGAAAUGGUGGACUCAAAGGCAGAAGAUGGAAUAGUCAUAUCAGAUGCUUUCAGCUAGUAAAAUUUUAAGAUGUAUAUAGUAUCAUACAACAUGAGAACUUGUUCGUGGGAAGUGAUGUUAACAUUAUGAUCCUAGACAAUCAGAUGGUUAACUGCAAAUUUUUUGAUCA